AUGGACGUUGGAUCCGGUACAGGCAUACUGUCGAUGUUUGCUGCUCGUGCUGGUGCCAAGAAAGUUUAUGCUGUGGAGUUCUCAAACAUGGCCGCGCAGUCUCGUCAAAUUAUCAAUGACAACAACCUUCAGGAUGUCAUUACUGUUAUUCAAGCAAAAGUAGAGGACGUUACCGAACUUCCCGAUGGUUGCGAGAAGGUUGAUGUAAUCAUAUCUGAAUGGAUGGGUUACUGUCUCUUCUAUGAGUCGAUGUUAAAUACCGUGAUUUUUGCACGCGACAAAUGGCUGAAGGAAGACGGUCUUAUAUUCCCGGACAAAGCGAAAGUUGUACUUAAAUGCGCCAUUGAGGACCGCCAAUAUAAAGAGGACAAAAUUCACUGGUGGGACAACGUUUACGGAUUCAACAUGUCCGCCAUUCGCAAGGUCGCUAUUACUGAGCCACUCGUUGACGUUGUCGAUAACGCACAAGUUGUUACCAAUAAUUAUUGCAUCAAAGAGAUCGAUCUUUAUACCGUUAAAGUUGAAGAUCUUACUUGGACGUCACAUUUCCAACUGCGCUGUGCUAGGAACGACUAUGUCCAAGCCCUUGUCACUUUCUUCACGGUUGAGUUCUCGAAGUGUCAUAAACGAACGGGUUUCUCGACUGGACCAGAUGUUCAGUACACACAUUGGAAGCAAACUGUCUUUUAUCUGAUGGAUGCGUUGACUGUGAAGAAAGGUGAAGAAAUCACAGGCACAUUCUCUGUGACGCCCAAUGCAAGGAAUGAACGUGAUCUCGACUUCCAAAUCACGGUGGACUUCCAUGGAGAUGUUUGUGAUCUUCGCGAAGAGAAUGUCUACACGAUGCAUUGA